UAGGGGCAGAGCUCAGGUCUGCAUGCAUUUACACUUUCCAGCAGCCAUUAUCCUCCGGACGAGCUCAUAGCCCAGUGGGAAGAGGUGGAUAGAGCAGUCAGCUGGUAUCUACAUCAGCACACACCUGGAAGAAAGAAGAGCUGGAGAUAAGGGGUGCAGAUAUUGGUCAUAUUCACCAUAUUGCUUAAAGGACAGAGCAGGGAUUCAAGCUGGCAGAGGACAAAAAGGAGGCCUUGGUAAAGGAGCCGCAAGCUGGGAUGGUGCGUGUGGAGGUGGAGCAGGACAUCCCCAUGUCGGUGGCUCUGCCAAUAGAGCUGCAGCCGGAUGCAGCUCACCAAGCCUUUCCCUUCCUGGACACCACGCUGGCUGAUCUGGGCAUCCAAGAGUCAGAUGUGAAGGAGAGGGUUGUGUGGGUCGACACCAAGAAGACGCAGGUGAAGAACAGAACAGGGAAGCUGAAGGAGAAGGAAACCACCAUCCUAGAGGUUCGAGUCAAAGCCAAGAAGCCAGGAGACAAACAGCUGCAGGAGGUUCUGUACAGCACAGAGGCCCACACUGACCGCUCCUUCUGCAGGACGGGGGUGGACAUCCAGCCCUGGAAGCAGACAAACCCAGGGAAGGUCAGACUGGACCCAGUGGAGAUGACCAUGGCGCUAGACCUGGAAAACCACCAGCCUGGGAACGCUGAGGCAGAGGAUUAACGAGACAUCUGAUGUGGUGUACAAGAAAUAAACCCAGAGUCACAACAGGAAAUAGAUUUAUUAACAGAAACAGAACAUGUUGACAUGUUUUUAAAAUGAACUGUGUAACAGUGAGGGAUUGAAGGAGCUGAAUUAACCAGAAACUUAAGAUGGUUCGGCAAUUGUUCUGUGUGUGAAUCUGAUCUUUUCCACUUUCUGCAAGACGUUUUAAAAAAUGGACAUUUUAGAGCAUGAAUUCAUAGAAUGACCAACAGAGGAAUAAGAACGCUA